AUGUCUCGCGGGCUGGCCUACGACGGCGAGGACAUCGGCACCUCCGCCGAGGAAGAGCGUGGUCGUACCCGCCUCCGAGCCGUCGAUAUCCAGACUCUGGCUCCGCAGCAGCAGCAGCAACAAGCUCCCGCCACCCGCGCCAGCGUCCAUACCCUCACUGCCUCCCCUGCGUCCUCCUUUGUCCAUCUUUCCCUCGCCACGGGCAACGACCCUGCCCUCGGCGCCGACGACACGAUCCAUCGCUCCCGCUCCCGCAGCGCCGCACCGUCCCUCCCCAUCCCCAUCCCGGGCGCCGUCGGCAGCCGCCGCGUCGCCUUCCACAGCGCCGAGCGCGCCGCCGCCGAGGACGACAGCGGCAAUGACAGCGGAGGCAGAUCCCCAGCCGGCCGGAUCCCCUAG